AAGGUCUCCACUGUUUCCAUCGCUUUUAACUUUCUCUAGGGUUUAUUAUUCUUUUGUUUUUUAAUUUUUUGUUUUUUUUUAUUGUUUUGUUGUAUGUUGUUGUUUGUUUGUUUUGUUUUGUGAUAAUAAUUGUUGAUGAUUACUUGAUUUUACUGCUCAUAUUAUUGAUGGGGGAUUCUUUGAUUUUGAUUUUGUUUCUUGUUUUAGCAAUAAUUAUGUAAUGGCGGUGUUGAUUUUUGGUGUGGAAAGUUAGGGUUUUGAUUUGGGGGAGAAAUUAGGGGUUGUGGGUCUGAUUGUAUAUUGUGUUCAAUUGUUGAAGUUUUGAUUUUAAUUUGAUUUAGUUGCUAAGUUUUGCUGCUGUGGUUUUAUGGAUUAUUAUUUAUCUGCUGUUAAUUUUGUGGUUUACUAGUUCAAGAAUGAUAAUCGUUUUGCUCCUUCCGUGUUGAAGGUUGAAUUAGGGAGUUUGGUAAGCAGGGCUUAUCUUGCACGGAUCGUAGCUAUCGAGAUUUUAAUCUAUUUGGGAGAUUGUGUUGGAAUUGAUUAUUGGUUUUGAAAGAAGAAAGGGUAGGCUUGGAUUGUUACUUGGAUACUAGCCACCAGGGAGCGGGACAUCCAAUGGUACCUUCUCGGGUGGGUGGAGGGAUGGUGAAUUCAUCUGCCACGUCUGGUAUCUUUUUCCAGGGGGAUCGACAGUCUCAUGGAGUGGGAAAUUCGCACUUGAGCUCUUCUUUUGGAAACUCGUAUGGUUCAAUUCCUGGGAGUUUCCGUUCUAAUAUAGGGCCAAGUUCUGGAGAUGUAGGUACCACGAUAUUAAACAGUGUACCCACCUCUGGGCCUAGUGUUGGGGCUAGCUCAUUGGUGACUGAUGCAAACUCGGGACUUUCUGGGGGCCCUCAUUUACAGAGAAGUGCUAGCAUCAAUACAGAUUCAUACAUGCGAUUACCAGCUUCGCCUAUGUCAUUCUCAUCAAAUAACAUAAGCAUUUCGGGAUCAUCAGUAAUGGAUGGGUCCUCUGUAGUGCAGCAGAGCUCUACUAAAGAACCUAAUUGCUACCAGAGUCAACAGCACCAAGGUGCAUCUAGUGCCACAUCAUUUCCUGCAGCUCUAGGUGGUCAAGUUUCACUUCCGUCUGGUCCAAGAGUUACUGGAUCUUUUAUUCAGGAUACCACCAAUACUUCUCAUUUGCAGAAGAAACCUCGACUGGAUAUUAAGCAGGAAGACAUCCAGCCACAACAGGCUAUACAACAGAUGCUGCAAAGACAAGAUUCUAUGCCAGCUUUCUUUCAGCAGCAGCAGCGACUUAGGCAGCAGCAGCAGCAACAGCAGUUGCUGCAGGCUAUGCCACAAGUGCAACGAGCCCAUUUGUUGCAGCAGCAGCAACAACAACAGCAGCAGCAGCAGCAGCAGCAGAAGAUGAGACAGCAGCUUCAACAUGGGGUACAGCCUACUUCUGGUGUAAAGCGACCCUAUGAUGGCGGUGUUUGUUCCCGCCGACUAAUGCAGUACCUAUAUCAUCAGAGGCGGCCAGCUGACAAUGCUUUUGCCUAUUGGAGGAAAUUUGUGGCCGAGUACUAUUCUCCACGUGCAAAGAAAAGAUGGUGCUUGUCGUUGUAUGAUAAUGUUGGGGUUCACUCUUUGGGCGUAUUCCCCCAGGCAGCCAUGGAUGCUUGGCAAUGUGAUAUCUGUGGUUCAAAAUCAGGAAGGGGAUUUGAGGCAACUUAUGAAGUGCUUCCUAGACUGAAUGAAAUUAAAUUUGGCAGCGGAGUCAUUGAUGAGCUUUUGUAUUUGGACUUACCCCGUGAGUGUAGAUUUCCUUCUGGAAUAAUGAUGCUGGAAUAUGGAAAAGCGGUUCAAGAAACUGUGUAUGAGCAACUUCGGGUGGUUCGUGAGGGUCAGCUGCGUGUGAUUUUUACUGCGGACUUGAAGAUACUGUCUUGGGAAUUUUGUGCACGGCGCCAUGAAGAACUUCUUCCCCGUAGGUUGGUUGCACCACAGGUGAAUCAGCUGUUACAGAUUGCACAGAAAUGCCAAAGUACAAUAACAGAGAGUGGACAAGAUGGGAUUCCUCAGCAGGAUUUGCAGAACAACAGCAAUAUGGUGGUGACAGCUGGCCGGCAACUUGCAAAGAGUUUGGAGUUGCAGUCCCUAAAUGAUCUGGGAUUUUCCAAAAGAUAUGUGCGGUGCUUACAGAUAUCUGAGGUUUUUAACAGCAUGAAAGAUCUUAUGGAUUUCUGCAAAGACCGGAAAGAUGGACCCAUUGAGUGUCUAAAAAAGUUUCCUCGACUUACCAAUCCUGCCAAGGUUCAGUUGCAAAAGAUGCAGGAGUUGGAACAGCUGGCAAGUGUUCAGGGUCUUCCAACUGACCGUGGAACCCUCAACAGGCUAGUAGCACAAAAUGCUGGACUAAAUAAUCAGAUCAACAGUAGUAAUCAAAUGGUCGGGCGAGCAGCCUUAAGUGGGUCUCCUCGUGCUUCCCUGGCUGUUUCAAACUACCAGAAUAUGUUGAUGAGACAAAACUCAUUUAACUCGAAUUCUAAUUCACUUCAACAUGAGCCACCUGCUUUUAACAAUUCUAACCAGAAGCCAUCCUCGCCGUUUCAAGGGUCUGCUUCUCAACUGCCUGGAACCAUGCAAAAUUUACCAGCCGGUGGAUUCUCAAGUUCUAAUGUCCUGCAACCUUUGCAGCGUUCUCCUAAUGUUAGUGGCAUUCUGCAACAGAACCAUCCGCAAUCAUCCCACGGCAGCCAAUCUUUGCAGCAGCAAAUGAUCCAGAGGCUGCUACAUGAUAUCAACAGCAACAGCAAUACAUGCAGUGCUGAUGUUAAUGAGGGCAGAGAUUGUCUUGGAUCGGGAAGCAAAACAUAUGUAGGAACAGCAGCUCAGGGCAACAGAGCAGCUUCUAUUAAUGGACCCACUCCAACUAGAAGCAACAGUUUUAAGGGAAUUUCCAAUAGUGAUUCCUCCGCAGCUGCUGGUGGCAAUAAUGUAAGCAGCCAAAAAGCAUCUGAAUUACAACAAAACCUUCAGUUGUCAGACGAAUUGGCACAGGAUAUUGCUCGUGAAUUUUCAGAACAUGGUCUUUUUAGUGAUCUCGACGAAACUAUGGCUUAUGGUGGCUGGAAGGCAUGAUUUUAACUUGUGUAGCUCUGCUUAGACCAGCUUUCAUUUCUCCUUUGUACAUGUCUCAAGUUAUCAAGUUAAAUAGUCUAUGAAUUCUGUCAUUUGAACUAAAACACCUCAAGUUAAAAUGUCAUGAAGCUAGAAAUUAGAUAUGUUCAAUAGUUUUUAGUUUCCUAUUUCUUGUUGUGUUUACUGUUUCAAAACCCUCAAGUGUAAUUUUCUGAGAAAAACUAGUCUAGCUUGAAAUUUAUAUAUUAUUUAUUUAUGCGUCUGA